UGUCGGACACGUAGUGGGAACGAGCAGGUCCCGAUGCACAAGUCACGGCAACCCUCGGCGGAGAUGAAGGCGGACUCCGACUGGCUCUGAUUUUUAAAAGCCUUUUUCAUUCAGGAGGUUGGUUGCCAAUGGUUAUCAAUAUGGCAGAGCAGUUAUCCCAAGCACCCACCGCUGCAAAAAUGGCGUCACUUAACCGGGUCCGAGCUUUGGCGAUGAUUUUGCUUACUGUCACUGGCUGUUGUGUCACCCCGACAAGUGGCAAGGAAGGGUCCGAGGAGACCGUCAUCAUUGGGCUCCGACUGGAGGACACGGACGACAUUUCCUUCAUGGAUAGGGGCUACCUGCGGGUGAGUGAGCGGUCUCGGGUGAAAUUAAGGGUGUACGGGCAGAAUAUCAACAACGAGACCUGGUCCAAAAUUGCUUUCACGGAACAUGAGCGGAGUCGGGCGGUAGGGAGCCUUGACAGUUCCUCGGAGGAUAACCAGAGCCAAGAGGACUCGUCCAGCUUGCAUCCCUGCGGUAUUAGGACUUCGGAUAUAAUAAUAUUGCCCAACAUCAUCCUGAAUCGAAAGACGUCGGGAAUAGUUGAAAUUGAGGUCAAACCUCUGCGAAAGACGGAGAGGAGUAAAGCGUAUUACCUUUGCAUCGCCACCGCGACACCGGCCGCGGCCGGGAUGCACGACCCGUGGACGGAGAACACCUGGAUCUACCACAACGGUGACGACACCAAAGUGAUAGUGGUGGAGGAGAAAAAGUUUCUGUUGCCUUUCUGGCUCCAGGUCAUCUUCAUCUCCAUGUUACUUUGCCUGUCGGGUAUGUUCAGCGGGUUGAACCUGGGGCUCAUGGCUCUGGACCCCAUGGAGCUCCAGAUAGUCCAGAACUGCGGCACGGAAAAGGAGAAGAAUUACGCCAAAAAGAUAGAGCCGGUCAGGAGCCAAGGGAAUUACUUGCUGUGCUCGCUGCUGCUCGGGAACGUGUUGGUGAACACUACGCUGACCAUCCUGCUGGAUGAUAUCGCCGGCUCUGGGUUGAUAGCGGUGGUCAUGUCCACCAUUGGAAUAGUCAUUUUUGGGGAGAUCGUGCCCCAGGCCAUCUGCUCCAGACACGGCCUCGCUGUCGGCGCUAACACCAUAUUCCUCACCAAGUUCUUCAUGCUGCUCACCUUCCCUGCUUCAUAUCCGGUGAGCAAGCUGCUAGACUACCUUCUGGGACAGGAGAUCGGAACCGUGUACAACCGGGAAAAGCUUCUGGAGAUGCUGCGCGUCACGGACCCCUACAACGACCUGGUGAAGGAGGAGCUGAACAUCAUCCAGGGCGCGCUGGAGCUCAGGACUAAGACCGUGGAGGACGUGAUGACACCGCUGAGAGAUUGCUUCAUGAUCCCGGGGGAUGCCAUCCUCGACUUCAACACCAUGUCCGAGAUCAUGAAGAGCGGCUACACGCGCAUCCCGGUCUACGAGGGCGAGAGGUCCAACAUAGUGGAUCUGCUCUUUGUCAAGGACCUGGCGUUUGUGGACCCGGAUGAUUGCACCCCGCUCAAAACCAUCACAAAGUUUUACAGCCACCCUUUACAUUUUGUGUUCAAUGACACCAAGCUGGACGCAAUGCUGGAGGAGUUUAAAAAAGGAAAAUCCCACCUGGCCAUAGUUCAAAGGGUGAACAAUGAGGGUGAGGGAGAUCCUUUCUACGAGGUUCUGGGUAUCGUCACCCUCGAGGACGUUAUUGAAGAAAUCAUCAAGUCGGAGAUCCUGGACGAGACUGACUUGUACACUGACAACAAGACGAAGAAGAAAAUCACCCAUCGGGAAAGGAAGCAGGAUUUCUCGGCCUUCAAGCCUACCGACAAUGAAAUGAAGGUUAAAAUAUCACCUCAGCUUCUGCUGGCUACCCUGCGUUUCCUAGCAACAGAGGUCGAGCCGUUUGCACCGGUGCAAAUGUCAGAGAAGAUUUUGCUACGCUUGUUGAAGCACCCCAACGUCAUCCAGGAGCUGAAAUAUGAUGAGAAGAACAAGCGGGCUGCAGAGCACUACCUCUUCCACAGGAACAAGCCCGUGGACUAUUUCAUCCUCUUACUGCAGGGGAAAGUGGAGGUGGAGGCAGGAAAAGAGGGGAUGAAGUUUGAAGCGGGACCGUUCUCCUUCUAUGGGAUGAUGGCGCUGACAGCCUCGCCAGUGCCUCUGUCCCUGUCUCGUACAUUUGUGGUCAGUAGGGCUGAAUCAUUAGCGGGAUCUCCAGAAAAUAAAUCUCCUCCUCGACCAUUUGGACUCAACCACUCAGACUCUCUGAACAGGAGUGAUCGUAUAGACGCCAUCACCCCAACACUCGGCAGCAGCAACAACCAGCUCAACUCCUUCCUGCAGAUCUACGUGCCUGACUACUCAGUCAGAGCGCGCUCAGACCUGCAGUUUAUAAAGGUAACACGCCAACAGUACCAGAACGCCGUAAUGGCGUCACGGAUGGACAAAACGCCUCAAUCGUCAGACAGUGAGUUCACUAAGAUCGAGCUCACGCUGACGGAGCUCCAUGAUGGAGUGGAGACCCCCGCCAUCGUCACCACAACAGCCAGCACUACCAGCACCACCCCUGCCGUGUCUGUACUCGUGGCCAACGAGACGUCGCACCUGCUCAACCAGCAGCAGAACUGUGUGGGCCUCAGCAGGAGUAACCACAGUGCCCACAACGAGGGACCCAUCUAGCCCCCACCGAGACCGGUGGAGACCCAGACCCUCCACCCUGUCUCGUGGACACACACAUAGCGUUGGCACAGAUGGUGAUGAGGGAAAGUGCGAAGUGGAGGCGGGUGGAGUGAGGCUUCUGCUCCAACUAGUAGCCCCAAGUCAGUGAGUCAGUGAGACCCUUUCACAGAGGGGCAGUGGGGAAGAUGGGUGCUGUGUCACCCUGAACGCCCCCCACCUGAACGCUGUCAGAAUCCCUGCUGUACUACACCCUCUUACAGAGGGUGGACUCGGACAGUACCUGUGGCUGAGCUUCUUUUUUGGGACAAUCUGACACUUUCAUAGCGGUGACUUGGAUUAGAGGAAACAGAGUGCAUGCAAAACCGUGUCCCUUUCCCCUACACACACACACAACGUAACACAACACUGUAUUUUCUCCUCAGGCCAAAGACUUUGGUCCCCAUUCUUACACUGGACACAGACUGUUUUUGCACACAUACGCAUAUUUAAACACAUUCACACACACACACACACACACACACACACACACACUCAUAUAUACAAAUGCAACUCCCCCACCCGUGCAUCUUUCAGGGAGCUCAGUCAACUGUUGAUCCCAUCAGCGAGGACUCAAACCCAAACAAGCAGAGAGCAACGGUUAGUCAAAGACUGCACCAAAAAAUGCUUUGACAGAAACCGUUAAAACCAUGAACCAAGAAUGUUUUCCUGUAUUUAUUUAUUUUAUAAUAUUGUAUGUAUAUAUGUAUGCGUGGAGACAUGAUAUGACAUAAACUGGCAUAUGAGCAUGCACGAGCAUGUACACAAAGGAGUGCGUGGGGCACACGUGUCAUAUCAGAAAGGACAUGCUACAUAUAUGGAGACGAACAUCCAUUCAUGUAUAUGAGGAGGUGAGGGUCUUUUACAGAUACAGUAUGUAUAUUACAGAUCUUGUUAUUUUUACUAUUAUCCUAAAUCAGGCUUAUGAUACACCUAUCUUUUUCACCUUUAAAAAAAUCACACUAUUGCCUUUAAGAGAAAUCAUAUAAUUAAUUAUUUUAACAAAGUGCAAUGAACCACAAUUUAUUUAAGAGAUGAUUAUGAAUAGAAAACAAAUCACUGUAUUAUAAAUUGACAGUUAUAUUUGUAUGUAUGUACUGUAUGUAUAUGUAUAUUUGUUUUUGAAAAAUGCUAAACUGCAGCCAUCCACAAGCAAAAUUGUCCUUAGUCAGUCUCUCUUCCUCUUUGUCUCUUUCAUGUUUUUGCAUCCUUUGACCUCAGCGUCUACUUUAUGUUCAUAUUGGAGUAAUGAUGCCGAGACUAUUCACCACAAUGGAGGGAGGGGGGGCUACUGUAUGCAUGCAGAGUUUAUGUGUCUUAUAUUUUAUUUGCCAAUUUUAAAGCAUAAUCAAACUUGAUAAUUGCACAGUAUUAAUGACCUCAUCUAACAUGUUGAGCAUCAUCAACGUCACAAAAAGUAACCUCGACAUUAAACAUGUCCAUAAAUGAUACACAGCUAUGCUUUUCCACUGUUUAUGUGUGAAUGUAUUUUUUGUUUGUUAGUCUGUUUUCCGCAUGUGUGGUACUUGCAUGUUUGUGUCUGCAAAACAUAGCCCGGUGGCUCAGUCCGUAAAGGCUAUUUUUUGACAGUAGUGAAUGUGAAAGAGACUAGACUUUACUUGUUUUGGCAUCCCAUACAGUGUAUAUAAUCUAUGUUUAAUAAUUCUUGAGUUAAUUCAGAUCAAAAAUCUAAAAUAUUCUUCACAAAUGUUGGCUGCUAUUAAAUAGAGAUAUUUAUAUUGAUUUAAUUUUAUAUUAGAAACACUGUAGCCAUAUAUGUUUAUUUCUUUCACAAUAUCAAGAACACACAAUUAAAGAAUAGUUUGACAUUUUGGGAAAUGCGCUAAUUCGCAUUCUGGCUGAGUGUUUGACGAGAAGAUCGAUACCACUCUCAUAUGUCUAUGCUAAAUAUGAAGCUACAGCCAGCAGCUGGUUAGCUUAGCCUAAACAGGGGGAAUCAGCUAGUUAGCUAGCCUGGCACUUUCAAAGGGUUAAAAAAAUCCUCUAAAUCUCAUUAAUUACUCCUGGAAGUCACUCCUCUGGGCCAAAUAAAGAGCCCCACUACAGCCACAGCUUGACAUUUUUACACUAAAUGUUACACUAAUUAGCACAUUAAUCCCCAACAAAAAAAGUUGUGAUUUUUACAGUUGGUGAUGUGUCUGUAAAUGCCUUAUACUCCAGUACUAGUACCAUACUAGUAAGUAUUCCUGGAGUAAUUAGUAAGCUUUAUUUAUUUAUUUUCUUGUCUUCAUGCUAAGCUAGGCUAACAUCUUCCAGGGCUCCAGCUUCAUAUUUAGCAUGAUAUAAGAGCGGUAUCAAUCUUCUCAUCUAACUCUCUCUGCAAGAAAGCAAAUAAGUGUAAAUGUCUGUGUGUUUCUUUUUUCGUUUGUGUUUUUUGUGCUUUAGUACCUUCUUGCCCUUAUUGUUUUACCUCAUAAAAACAGGAAAGAGUUUUAAGAUAC